AUGGCUGCGUUUGCAGAGCACGACGAAUUACUCUUUGGUGAGGAUGCCCGCGCCUUGUACGCCCGCACACCGGAUGUGGUCGUGCCGUACCUUUUCGCUUUUGCUGCUGUUGCCGCGGAGGAGCGUCACCGCGGCCAACAUGGUGACACAAAUAACGCGGGCGGAGAUAAUGGCCCCCACUGCGAGGAGGGGAAACCCCCCACAGGCAUGCGGCACUGCCUUGAAGAAGCUGCAAGGCGCCACUACAAGGGGUAUUGCCCGCUGGUGUGCAAUGAAAAGAGUGAGUCACAUCAACUGUGCUUCGCCUCGCCCCGCCAGGACGAAACGGAUGACAAUGCCGAUGGAAAGUGUGGAUUUCUUGCCGCGGAAGACAUGCUCGUAGAGUUUUUCAAUCACGUGAAGAAACAUACAGUAGACGGUGCGUGUGGGCUGACCCCCACCGCCGCACAGUCACCAAUACUGGAGGAGGCUCCGCAGCAAGAGCAGCGGCCAAAGAUUGUCCUGACGGUUGUUGUGCCACGUCAUCUGUUCCCAACGUCUUUGAUUGAGCAGGGGGAGUCGGCACCAGAGGAGGACGGUAAGGACAAGAAAAAGAGCAACAGUACAGCCGUCCGACGGCGUGACGCCGUGCAGUGGGUUAAGGACGCGAUUAUCAGUUCGCAUUUUGGCGCCGUCGCAGAGCAUGUGUCUGUGCUAUUCUCUGAUGAGGCUGCAGUGCUUGCGAUGGAUGCCGUGCUGUGUCGCCCGCAUUCAACACACCCGAUGGCGGGCCGCUACUUCUUGUUGCCCCCAUCUGCCGUAGCGACUACUCAGGCAGCAGGAGAAGAAGGGAAAGGCAUCUCCGCCACCCCGUGGCCCUCUGCACGGGUGCUCGUUGUGAUUUGGGGUGCGCUCGGUGUGUCUCUGACGCGUCUCCGUCUCGAGGCCGGUUGCGUCGUAGACGAACCGCGGCCGCUUUUUCUCCGCGCCACUCAGACGGCAGCGACUGCGCAAAGCGUCGAAUCCUGUUGCAUCGCUACCACCCCGUGCGGUGGUGGUGACGCAGUCGACUUGGCUCUCCGCGACCGCCUUGCUACAACGUUUGCGCAGCAGCAGCGGCGAGUGCUUGGUUACCAAUCACUGAGUGACUUUCCCUCCCGCGCUCAGCGUCGACUGCUGCUGGCCGCGGAGGAAAAGAAGGUUGCGCUGAGCAAGGCGGCACAAGUGCCUGUGGAAAUCGAGGCGCUCGCGGAAGGUGUUGACCUUCGCGACGCCGUGACGUUCUCGCGCGUACGAGUGGACGCUGCACUGCGUGGGGAGUGGAAAAUCCUGGAAGCGUUUGAGAAGGUCCUUCGCGAAUUUAUUGAACUCAUGCAGAAUGAGGAGGAGGAGGAGGAGAGCGGUGUCAUUGACGCGGUGGUGCUCUCCGGCGGUAUGCUGCAGAUGCCGUGCGUCGCGCAGUCCCUGCGGCACCUCUUUACGCAGUGUUCUGUCGCCCCAGGUGACGGGCGCCGCUGCUUCGCGCACAACCUUGUCAUCAUGGAGGCCGGCACAAGCACGACAGUUGUCGGGGAUGGCAACAGUGGUGCUGUGGAGACGGUGGCAAACAGUAACACUGUGGGGGCCGAGGAACUCGUCAGCAUCGGUGGCUGCCUCCACAGCUACCACCUUUCCCUCGCGGCUCUGCAGGAACGUGAGCACGGACGCCGUGACCGAGCUGCCGGUGGGAAGAAAAAUAAAACAAAGAAGGCGCUCAGUCGAAAACAGCAGGAGCGAGCUGAGGGGACACGUCGCGUAUGGCGUGCCCUAACGUAUUGUAGCAAUAAUGACGACAACGAUGAUGACGGGGACGAUGAGGAAACUCAGUGGAAUGAAGUUGUGGUACUACAGCGCCCAAUUCUUCUUUACACUCAUAGCUCCAUUGAAGCUCUGUCUUCUGCUAUUGCUCAGCAGAAAGAACAAGAGGAAGAAGACGCUCCCUUCCAGAUUCCUGCUGAGGCUCUGUCCGUGUUGUUCGCUGCCCAAACGCCACUCCCCGCGCGUGUUGUUGUGCCAUUGGUCGGGGAGAAACAGGAACCUUUCGUUUUCUACUUGUUUACAGAAGCCCAGAAGCGUCAACAGCAACAGGUGCGUAGUGGGAGUGAUGGAGAGGAAAAUGUGCUUCGUUCGGUUGUGCCGUUGAGUGACACUGGUGUGACGCUGCCGCUACCUGAGGGCGGGCAAGACCCGAAAAAGUGGAAACGAUGCAUCGUCUUUACUCUGCGUGCAGACGGCAACAGGGAACCGCGGUCGGUGGAGAAGAAAGAUGCUGCGGUGGGGAUGCAGUUGGAGGCGCAGCUGGUGCGCGUCGCCGCGCACGCGCCUCUGCCGAAUGUACUGAAGCCGACCAACGUGCUUGAGAGCGUCGCGGUGGAUCUCUGA